ACCCCGUGGGUGAUGUUGUUGGAGGCUGUUUGAUUGACAAUCUAACCGAGUCAUAAUCAGUUCGUGUCGCAGGGCAACAUUUAGUUGAGGAAAACGUAUGAUAUUAUUAAUUUAGUAGGAAUAUUGUAUUUUUUUCUAUUGACAGUCGACACUGUUUUUCUAAUCGUCACACGUUGAAAAUCGGGCAUCACAAAAAAAAACAACCUAUGUAUUAGUGUAAUGUUGUAAACGUUUAUUUGGCCGUUAGUCUGGUCAUUCGCGAGCGUUAAUCUCGUGAAAGUCAUAUUUCCGAGAACACCGUAACCAGGCAGCGUUUGACAGGAGGCUGUCCUUGGCUAGCCGAGCUAGCUAGAUCCAGCUAGACAACAAAAACAAAUCCUCGGCAUAAACAAAUCCUCUGCAUGUAUGUGAAGUUUUCGCUGGGUUGUUGCAGGUCCUGUGUUUGUGUGGCCUCCCUUACCCCCCCCUCAGGCCAGAGCUGAGGGUUGGGGUCAGGUCUUGGGCUAAUGUCAUUCAGUCCUGGUGAGGAGGGGGGUCUAUCUCAGGAUCCCCCAAACGUCAACACCCAAGACCUGUCUGACAACUGCUCUCAGACUGUGGCUACAGGGAACACACCUGAGGAUCAGGUGAGGGUGUCGCCUGUGGUGGAUGAAGCCUCUCCUUCUUCCACAUCUUCCUAUGAGAUGCUUGACAUGGAGUCGGUCCCAGCUCCUUACCAAGAGGUGCAACCUCACUGGUUCUACUGUAGACAGGCUACAGACAACACCUCCUGGCUUCCUUUCAGCAGAGAAGACUCCGACAAACUAGAGAGGGCCUGCAGCACUGCAGAAAACGAGGAGGAGGUGGUGGUAGCCGUGGAUGGAGAGCGGUAUGAUGUACAUGUCAAGGAGAGGAAGCGCUACGCUGUGUACUGGGAGCAAGCUCCCACUGAAGUCCGCCGCUGUACCUGGUUCUAUAAAGGAGAUAAAGACACCAGGUUCAUGCCUUACACUGAGGACUUCAGCAAAAGUCUCGAGGAGGCUUAUAUGAUAGCAGUGACCUUGGACGAAUGGAAGAGGAAACUGGAGUUUCCCACUGGAGAGACUGUUAUCUUACACAAUCCCAAACUGAUAAUGCAGUAUCAGCCAAUAGGAUUGCAGGAUGAGUGGGUGUCCUCCCCCUCAGAGCAGACUCGACCUCGAACAGUCAAGCGGGGAGUACACAACAUCUCCGUAGAAAUACCUGAUGGUGAACCAGAAAAGGUGGACCACCUUGUCUUUAUGGUGCAUGGGAUCGGUCCUGCAUGUGACUUACGCUUCAGAUCCAUCAUACAGUGCGUAAAUGACUUCAGGAGUGCUUCCAUAUCCCUCCUGGCCUCUCAUUAUAAGCGUGCACAGCAGGAUGGCCAGGUGGGCAGAGUUGAGUUUCUCCCAGUCAACUGGCACAGCGCUCUACAUGGGGAUGCAACUGGUGUGGAUGAGGACAUCCAGAGGAUCACUCUUCCCAGCAUCAGCAGGCUCAGACACUUCACCAAUGACACUCUUCUGGACCUGUUUUUCUAUAACAGCCCCACCUACUGCCAGACCAUAGUGGACACAGUGGCCUCAGAGAUCAACAGGCUGCAUGCCCUCUUUAAAGAGAGACACCCAGAAUUCAGCGGGGCAGUUUCAGUAGUGGGUCAUAGCCUGGGUUCACUGAUUCUGUUUGACCUGCUGACCAAUCAGAGGACUGGAUCAGAAGCCAGGGAGGGGGUGCCUUCUGGUGAGCUGAGUCGUCUGAACUGUGACACACUUGAGCAGACACUGACCAAACUGGGCCUAGAGCAGUACCUUGAUACAUUGGAGAUGGAAAACCUCGACCUGGAAUCACUGGCUCUUUGCCAUGACAGUGAUCUCAAAGUUUUAGGAAUUCCUCUUGGACCUCGGAAGAAGAUCCUGAACUACGUCAGGAGGAAAUUGCUUCCAGAGAUUUGUAAGACAGAGACAGUGCGUCUGGCACCAGGGUUGCAAGUUCCACCUCAAAUGACCAGUGAUCAUGAUGGUGACCAAUCAUCAGGACUGACGCUACAGCUACCCCAGUUCCAUAGGGCGCAGUCUGUUACCAGUGCUGUAGACUAUGAAUACUUCGAUGUGGGCAUUGGACAGGUAUCCAUUGAAUACCCACAGCUAGCAUUCCACCCUCAGACGUUUUUUGCAUUUGGCUCUCCCAUUGGAAUGUUCCUGACCGUUCGAGGGCUUAAACGCAUUGAUCCAAAUUACACCUUCCCAACCUGCAAGAGCUUUUACAACAUCUACCACCCGUAUGACCCUGUGGCCUAUCGGAUAGAGCCCAUGAUUGUUUCAGAGGUGGAUCUGGAGCCCAUGCUAAUCCCUCACCAUAAAGGCCGCAAGAGGAUGCACCUGGAACUAAAGGACAGCUUGACCCGCAUGAGCAUGGAUUUGAAGAACAAUGUAUUGGGAUCAUUACGGACAGCGUGGCAGUCUUUAGCCAGACUACCUGUGGCUCCACUGCCCCAGGUGGAAGAAGGAGAAACUACAAUAGAGCUAAACCUUCAAGAGACACAGGCCUCAGCGGCAGUCACUGCUUCUGCUGAGAGGGAAGAGAAAAGUGCUGAUUUUUGGACUAAAAUACUGGAGUGGCCCAGGGCCCUUCAUAAGCAUUACUUCCGAGGAGUGUGUGAGGAGAGAGAGCCAUCAGUGUCAGCAGAGCAGAAUGAACAGCUAGAGAUAAAAGUGGGGACGUUGAAUGGAGGACGAAGGAUUGACUAUGUACUUCAGGAAAAACCCAUCGAGAGCUUUAAUGAAUACCUUUUUGCCAUUCAGUCUCAUCUGUGUUACUGGGAAUCUGAAGAUACAGCUCUCCUGCUGCUGAAGGAGAUUUAUGACAACCUGGGUGUGGCCUUUGAACAGCCACAACAGUAAUAAAAGUUUCAUGAGUAUAAACUUGCUAGAAUGACAGUAAACUGACAGUGAUAAAAUGAAGGACAAAAAAAAUGAAGCUGGCUGAGCAAGAGGCUCCACAAUCCUCUUCCAGAAUGCCCUACAGUCUGGGUGUUACCUGACUGCACUGCCCUGUCCUCCUCCAACAGUGGAGAUGGUUGGAGACUGCAGUCAGGUGAUUUUGUUUCAGAUAUGUCAGUCAACCUUAAUUUGAGGUAGUGGUGGCUUCUUGGGGAUGCUUAAACUCCACCCUCUUUUUUUUUUUUUUUUUUAAUUUGAGUCAUUGUUUCAUUUACUUUACUUUGCACUUUCACUUACCAACAAUCAUUGACAUACCAUGUUUACAGCUACAACUGAAUAUUAUUAAUUCCUAUUAUGUGUGUUCAAUUUUAAAUUUCAACCUCUCUUGACAAAGGAAGCACUCCCAUAGCAUAACAUUGGACCUCCCCUUUAGAGAUAAUCAGGUCAGGUGGUAUCAUUUGGCCAACUAUAAGAUGUUCAGUUUCUGAUUAGGAAAAUGAACGCUGACAUUUUGUCUGUUACUUACUGUAAGCCCUUAACAGUGGUGUAUUCUUUAUCCUAAAAUAUUGUUAAUUCUAAGACAGUCAAAUCUAAGGGCCAAAUCAUACAUGUUUCUCCUCAUCUGUUCCUUUGUAUGAAGAUAUUGUAUAAUCAUCAUCUCUAUCUGUACUGCAUGUUGUUAUUUUAGAGCAGAGUUUCUCAACAUUUUCUGGUCCUUACUGAAUUUUGUGUUCCAAUAUUUAAAUAAUUCUUAUGGACCCAGCAAUAACAGAGCUUAAAUCAUUUAAAUCAUAUGAAUUUGAUUUAAAGAGCAUGAUAAUUAGAUUAUAUAGAAAUCGUCAUAUUUAUUUUAUAUAAAAAUAUAUUUGAAAAAUAUCAGUAUAUCAGUGUUAGAAAUAUCUCAGAUCUGCACCUACAUAUCAAGCAACAUGAGGUCCAGACUAAAAAGUCAAGAAACUCUCUCUCUUAGAGUGAUUUAAAUUUAUAAAAGACUCAUGUUAUGCACUUUCAGGGCAUCACAGCCCCCACCACCAAAGCUCUGAACGGCCUGUAUUUCAGCCCUCUUGGUGUAAUAUCUGCCCAAUUAACUAAUUAACCAAAUGGAGUUGUUAAUUUUUCUUCGCUUUGGAAUUUCAAGACUAAAUGAACACUAAAUUACCAUGUUGGAGUGAUUUCCUUGAACCUCACCAUCAUCUAUGUCUCUGGAAAUUUUACUAUCUGAACAGUAAAAACAGGACUUGGUGGUCCCUUGCUCCUCUCCCUUACCAUAAAUACUGUUUGGCAUUUGAAACUAAUACUGUAUGUUGAUACAUACGAAAAAACAAAUGUUCUCCUUUCUGAAUACAUACCCUAUGGAUAUGGUUACAUGUUGUGUGUGUGCCAUAAAAAAACAUUA